AGUACGAGUACCGGUACUGCCUUUGCACCACUGCAAGACUCGACACGAAACAAACAAACCCACCGAAAAGCAAAGAGUUGCAACGAAGCUAUUCACCGUCUUUUGCACAGACACGAGCGCGCUUCACAAUGGACAGCAAUGCUCUGCUCUCCUCUGUGCUGAUCCCACUCACCGAAAAGGCCGGCGAGGUGGCGCAGAUAGGCGACCUUCUUGGGAUGCUGGAGCACUGCUUUAUUGAUGCCUUUAAGAUGCGACUGCCUGCUGCCGUGACGUCGGAGGAUGCUGCGCAAGCCACGGCGGGUUCCUCGUCUUCGUCCUCUAUCGACGCAGGGGAGGAGGCGAAGCUCCUGGCGGUUCGUGCUGUGACAAACUUUCAUCGUAGCGGUGCUACCACCCAUCGCGCGUUCUUUCAGCAGCGUGAAUACCACCCGCACGCUGCACUGUUUAUUCUCGAACUGCUUAAAUCUCUCAGCGGUAAUUCACAGCAGUGGUUUCGGCAACUGCAGCUGGACAGUCUGGAGGCGUGCCUCGCGAUUGUCGAGGUGAUUGGCAUAGGCAACGUUCGGAUGUGCUUGCCAGGUGUCGUGUCGGUUGGCGUGCGCUACGUGCACCGCGCUCACCACGGCAAGGACUCGAGCAAGGUGUGUCUAACGGCGCUCCGGCUGCUUCGGACGGCGUUAAUGCUCUCCUUCGCCUCCGCAGAGCCGACCAACUGGGUGGGGGACACCGUUGCACACCUAACAAGUUCGCUGCGCUCCAUUCUGGAGCCGUCCGCGUUGGUGCGGGGUGCCUACGGCGCGCCCGUCACUGUCGCUCUGGAGUCUCUCAUCACGUCGCUGCUCGUUUCGCCGGUCAUGGCGGACCACCUCUCCUCCCCUCUUGGCGCACUACUCGCGGUGGCGUUUGCGGUGGUAACCAACAUGGACCACCUGCACCACCUCGGCGACGACGUCGUGGGAGGAAAAGAGGUUGGUUCUCCCAAUACACCCGACACACGCAUCUCGCAUAGGGCAGAGGAGGUGCAAAAGCUGAAUGCCGUGAUGCGCAGUCCCUUCGCGAUGGCGGCGGUGCAGGACGCACUGCAGUACCUGCGCGGUGUGGAGCUGCUACACGUGGCCACCACAGCGGUGCGACUCCCCGUCUUGAGUGAGCACUUCUUUUCCUCCCCCGUUCGCACACCGCCCGCUGCACCGGCUCAGGCCCUGCGUACCCUCGAUGGAAGCAGCACAGCUGAAGGAACCUUCAUCGAGGUGGCCGGCGCACCGCCCAGCGACAACGUGACGGCCCUCUUCCUUUCUGUUGUGCGCAAGUGCGUCCGCGUCGUGGGAACGGAGUUGGACGACGAGGCGCUCUACACGCACCGGCGUCCUCGCAAGUUCCCCGCCGGCGUGGUGGAUGAGUUCCUCUUCUCCCUGGCUGGCACUCUGGCCCGUCUGCCGCCCGCUUCUUCUUCUGCUGCCGGAGCGGCGAACGGCGGCGAGGACGAGACGGCUGGGGAGCGUCUGACCAACGCGUUGCUAGACGAGUACAACGGUAUCCUGCAGGACUGGGAUGCCUACGCGGUGCACCCGUCCGUGUUGUACGUGCUGACCCGACUCGUCGUGUGGCAGUUUCACCCUUCGCUUGAUGCGGCCGCCCGCACUGCACAACGCGAGUGCGACGGCGAUCACUUUGAGUUGCAAGACGAUGCUGCUGGCUGCGUGUAUCCGUCCCCUUCUGAUUUUAUCACCUCUGGGGCUUUUGAGCAGCUGUGGAGCGUCGUCGCCCCGGCGCACCUGUGGAACAUCACCGAAGACGUGGACCUCUGCAAUAACCAGCAGAUCCAUCACCGCCAGGUUGUCGCCGCCACACUUCUCCGUUUUCUUACGUUAACCGCAGAGGUGCUUUCGACGAAGCCGAGCGCACACGCGUCGGAGAAGGGGGACGACGCGCUACAGAUGACCACUGAUGCUCUCGAGCGCCUUUUUGCGCUGACGCUCUACCUGGUGCUGGAGAAGGCCACAGCCAGUGGUGUUGUUCACGAAGCUGCUAUGCGGUGCUUGGAGAUGUACAGCACGGCGUCGAACGAGUCGGACGCGCUGUCCUUUCUCCUCCAUCACUCCUCUCUCAUCGUGGACGAGACGGCGCGGGCGGUGCGGGAGGAGCACCUGCGCCCCGCCGCCUCGAGUGUCCUGCGCGGCAGUCUUGCCUUUCUGGCCUCACGCCUCAUGCACAGAGGGAGUGUGUCCGAUGCCGAGCAGACAGGCGGCAGCGGUGGUGGCGAGGAAGGUCGGUUUUGUGGGAGCAGCACGCAGCUUACUGCGGUGGUGCGUCAGCGCCUGUCCUCCACGGAGAUGUCCGCCUUCUUUCAGCGCACCGGCACUCAACUCGCCUCGCUGCAGGAGGUGGCGCAGGUGUCCGAUUUUGUCGGCAGCACCCUUCACGUGGCGCGCGAUACGCUCUUCCUGUGCAGCCGGUACGACAGCAGCGCGUCUGCGGCCGAUUUGGAAGGGCGACGGGCGGCCCUGGCGCUCUUACGGGACGCACUGGACGUGGCCGCCUACCUCAACUUUAGCGUCCCACAGGAGGCGCUCGACGAGGAUCAGGAGCGGCACACCACCUCGGCGCACACGCGGGUGCGGGCGCUGCAGUCGGCUGCGUUGGAGGCGGUGUAUGCAGUGCUGCAGUACUGCACGGUAAGCGACGCCGCGGCGCCUCUGGCCGUGCAGAGCGUCGUGCGUGGGCUGACGUGUUUCUUGACGACUAGCACCGCGGUUGCGUGGGCUGAGAAGGCGCGGCAGCGACUCCACGACGCGGCGAUGGCGCGCCGCAACGCGAAGCGGAAGACCGCUGGCGCGGGGGGCAGGCGAGGGCACAGGUUCAUGGAAAAGAUCCUGGACGACGAGGACUCGAAGGAGGCAGCAGACGAAGAGGAGGAAGAGGAGGACGAGGACACGGAAGGCCGCUCCCCCCUUCCCGCGUCUCCUCCGCUGGACUGGCCGUGGACGCAUUACGUUGUAAACGCUGCACCGGACGAGGCGAUGAGUGGACCGACGUCUGCAGCGCCGGUGAGCAUUGAGCUUCCACGCAGCCAUCUGCACACUGUCUACCGCGUUUACCUUUCUUUCUUUGCUCUCCUGCGUGAGCCGGUGGCGGCGUUCGCGACGGUGGCCGCGGGGCCAGGCGGUCGCACCGGUAUGGAGCGCCGCAAGCUGGCCGACGUGUCCAUCGCACCCGCCGUCUUCGAGACCCUCCACGGACUGGAAUCGAUUCGUCUUCUCGCCUUGGACUUCCUUCUGCACCGCAUGGUGUCCGAGGUCCUGCCGCUGGUGGUUCUGUGGCACGAGCGUGGGUGCCUCCCCCGCAUUCCGACACACACGGACGAACGUUUAAAGGCGGCUACGCAGCAGUUCGUGGCCCGUCUUUUCCAGGACUGCAAAGAGUCGCCAGAGCUGCAGAGCAGCGUUUCGACGCAGUGCUGUGGCUAUCCCAUGCUCUCCUGUGUUGCUGGGAAAGUGGAAGGACUCGCAACGUCUGCGCCGGAAGAUUCGGAGGGAGCUACAUCCCCGCUGCUCGUUCCCCCCCACACGAAAACGACGUAG